AUGUCUAAUAUUCAAACUAAUCAAUAUAUGCUCAUAGAUUCAUUUAAACAUUUAACUCAAAUGCCGAAAACGAAAAUGAAGUUAAAAUCUAAUGAACAUUUAACAUCACCAGUUAAUGGUGUUUAUAUUAUACCACGUGAAUUGUCACAAAUGAAUACGAAUGAUAAAUUAACUGAAUUCAAUCAAUUCUAUACAAACAAAAAUAACAGUAAUAAUGAUAAUAAUAAUAAUAAUAAUAAUAAUAAUAAUAAUACGAAUAAGAAUAUUUUUACAGUAAUUCGUACAGAAAAAGCAGUCAAAAUGUUAGCUGAAAUACCAAAUCAUAUUGGAGAAUAUAUUUGUCAAUUAUGUUUUCAAUGGUUUCCAGAUGCAUUUUGUUUAGCUGAACAUCCAUGUUCAUGUAUGGCAAGUUUAGCAUAUGCAUGUGAAAUUUGUGGUAAAGUAUUCAAUUGUCCAGCAAAUUUAGCAUCACAUCAACGUUGGCAUAAACCACGAAUAGAUAAUAAUCAUAAAAAUAUUCGCCAGACAAAAAUAAUCAGUAAUAAACGGAUAAAUAAUGAUAAACUACAAAAUUCAAUUAAAAGUUCCAAUUAUUCAACUAAUGAUCAUGUAACUUGUUUAUUAAAACAAAAUCCUUCAUCAUCUGAAUUAGAUCGACAACAGUUAUCCAUUUAUUCAGAACAUAUCAAUAAUGUGUUUAAAACAAGUAAACAUUACAGAAUAUCAUGUGAUGAGAAGAUGCACUAUGAACAAGUAUACAAUGUUUCAAAUGUACAAUUCAAUGAUUCUAUGAAUAAUCACUUAAUAAUUAAUGAUACAAAUGUAAUAACGACUACAGCUACUAAUACUACUAAUGAAGCAAUUCAUUAUUCCAAUUCAUUGUCAAAUAAAAAUACUUCCAGUAAACAAAUUAAUCCUUUUUCAGUUGAAGCACUCCUAGCUUGA